AUGGAUCAGACCUCAUCAAUACCGAGGAGCAGUUGCGUCAAGGCAACGCUCGACCGUGUCUGGAAUCUCGAAUUCAAGUCCCAAGUCCCCACCCAAGACUAUCCACCCGUCUCGAGCAUCCCCCGGACAUCCCCAGAUCGGCUCCAGCGGGCAACACCCAAGAAGUCCCCCGCCGAUCACAUCCCAUCAUCGUCGCCAUCAGCGAACGACUAUCUCUGCGACCAUACUGCCUCCGUACCAACAGUCCUCUACCUCGCAUACGGUUCGAAUCUCUGCGCCCAGACCUUCCUCGGCCAGCGCGGAAUCCGUCCUGUUUCCGCGAUCAACGUUUCCGCCCCGUCUCUACGGCUGACGUUUGAUCUUCCUGGCAUCCCCUACAAGGAGCCAUGCUUCGCGAACACAGCUCUGAGAAAGGUGCCGAAGCACCCGCCGAUCCCGGAUCCGCCGGGGAAGGUGCCUGACCUUCCUCAUCCGCCGCCGUACACGUUCCCUCCAAAGUCCGAGGAGGCCGAGGAGAUUUGGGACAAGGGCCUUAUCGGCGUGGUCUACGAGGUCACACCCGAGGACUACGCGGAGAUCAUCAAGACCGAAGGCGGCGGCUCCGCAUAUCAGGAUAUUCUGGUGCCGUGCAUCGGCAUCCCGAACAGGGUCGGGAUCCCGGAGGACCCGCCCACCCCGGAGCUUCCGAAGCCCUUCUUCGCGCACACGCUCUACGCGCCCCGGAUACCGAAGAAGCCGGAUGACGGCGAUGGUGAUGACGGCGGUGGUGACGAUAAGCCUGUAAAAAGAGCCAGAGACGGAGAUGAUGGUGGUGAUGGGGAUGAUGGAGACGACAAGAGCCCGCUCGACAGGCUCAAGGACUGGUGGCAGGACAUGCUGCUGCGGCCCAUCCGGCCCGACCCGGAGUACGCGCAGCCCUCCGCGCGGUACCUGAAGCUGAUCACCGACGGCGCGGCGGAGCACGGGCUGCCUGACGAGUACCAAGAGUGGCUGGCCAAGCUGCAGCCGUACACGAUCACGUCCAGGCGGCAGACCAUCGGGCAGUAUCUCUUUCUCGGCCUGGCCAUGCCUAUCAUGGGGCUGUUCCUCGGGCUGAGCAAGUGGUUGGCUGAUGACAGGGGAAAGAUCCCGCUGUGGUUGGGGCUGUUCAUGGAGACCCUUUUCCAUGCGGUGUGGCUUGGUUAUGAUAGGGUCUUCAAGCCGGUAUUUGGAGAUGGUGAAAGGACUGAGGACGAGGAAGAAAGGCGAAGGCUUCACGGGACGAGGAGGAUGCUAAGGAAAUCCACUGUCAUUAGGGAUGAAGAAAAGCUGGGACUGCUGGACGAGUAA